AAACAAAAUGGCGGAUGAUGUGUUUGACUCCGCUACUACUAAAAAGGUUUGUAUACGUCACAAUUUGACGAGAAAUGCGUUGCUUGACAAAAAAAAAUGUUUAUGGUUUAUUAGUUAAUUAUCCUAUGUUGUUCCUGUUUUCAGUACAAUUGGAAUUUUAAAAAAUUUAUCGAGCGCACGCCUUGUGCUCGGGAGUCACUCUUGUAUGGUAUCGGUGCUGGCAUGAUAACUGGUUUUGGUUGCUUUAUGAAGACAAGUGAGUUGACCCAAUAUUUUAUAGAUAGCUUCAUAUUUUUUAAUAAAAUUUGGCUAGUCUCCCAUAAGGAAUGAUUGUGAAAAUCUCUAUUGCCUGGUGUUGAUUUGUUGUAAUUGCAGUGCACGUUUUCAAGUCCUGUCGAUUUGCAGUUGGUGGCUUUGCCUUGAUCUCUUUUGGAAGCUGGUAAUGUGCUCAUUGUCAUACUUUCAGAGUCAAGCACUUCAAAUUUUUAUAAUGAUUUAAAAAUUUAUUGUGGCGAUCCAAACCCGCAAACUUGCGCAGAUCAUGGAGGAAGGGGCAGGUUCAACCAUUAUUUUGUUACACGCAUAGAGGAUGAUUAUGAACAUUCUCCCGCUGGAGAUUUGUUGUUGGGUUGAAAAAAACUUGAUAUAUAGCCAUUGUUACUCAAGACAGUUAAAAUAUUUUCCCUUAAAAUUUUUUGACUCGUCUUCUGAUAUUUAGGGAGGUAUGCAGGUACAUCAAACAAAAAGAGAAAGAAGCAAUCAAACAACAUGUGGAUAUGUUAAAUAAGUACAGAGAACAAAGGAGAGAAGAAGAGGAGGGUAGUGAAGAAUGAGCACUGAAAGAAAUUAAAUGUAACUGAACCCUUUUGGUAAUAAAAGUUUUAUUUUCAGCUUUCCUAUGUCCAGUGUGUUGAUUUAAGUUCAAUUUAGCUGUUUGAUGUCAAAGCACUCUAGACAAUCAUAGGAUUUUUUAAUUUGAAUGUAAACAAAGAGGAUCCAUCUGUUGCCAAG